AACUUUGCUACGUUAUUAUAAUUCCAUUUCGACUAAUUGCACUAACGUAGUAAAAUUUUUUAAAAAUGAUUGCACACAAUUGUAUAUUAUUGUCAUUAUAUUCCAUACUAACAUUCAACUCAAUGAUGGUUGAAUCAACAAAAAAAGUUUCACCGUCAUAUUACGUCAGUCAAACAUUCUCUCCUUUUUUCGUUAUUACAGUGAAUACUUUGGAAACCUACAAUCAGCAAGAAAUCAAAUUUAAUGAAAAAGAAAUUAAAAUGUUGACAACCCCUGUUCAGACUUACAACGAUCUCAAAAGCCGCGAUAAGGUAUUUGAUAAAUUUGACAAGAAACUCGAAGACAUUAAAUGUACUUGCUUAUUCAUCGUAAAAACAAAACUUGUGUACUUGACAAGUAUUCUAGAAAGGUUGCAAAACGGCGGACCUAUCGAAGUUGCACAAGAAAAGCUAAACGUAUUAAAAGAAGAAGCGGGUUACAUGGUCCUGUUGUUUCAAAAAGGCAAUAUCAAAGCGGGGAAAUGGUUUUGGAGUUUUUAUUUGAAAAUCAUGGCGAUGAUUGAUUACGAGAGCAACAAAAAUUUCUUUGGGGAAACGCCGUUCGUAGAAGAAGAACUACAUAGCGAUAUAACUAAUUUUAUACAAAACUGUAAAGAUAACAAAUAUCUUCCCAAAAAUAGAACAGAGUCUGAUUUGGUGUCGAAAAAUGAUAAUGUACCAAUUAACAUUUUUCAAAAACUUCGUGCCUCUCUUUCGCUUGCCGUAGAUUAUGUUUACGUUAUGCAAUACAUAUCGAUCGACCAUUUGUAUCUAAAACCAUUAUGGGAAGAACACGAAUUACUGUUUGGAGAAAUAACAGGCUCAGCCGUAGAAUGGAGGCCAACGAUAAGACGUCACGCAGUCGAAGUGAAUAAAACCAAAGAAUACAUUGAAAACCGCCAAUGGAUAUCGCAACCUUUCGGACACCUUAGUUACCACAAGUUGAUUAAGCAAAUUAUCAGUGUGAGAAUGUACAUCUUUCUGUGGGUAAUGUUGGUAAUAUACUCUCAAAUGAAUCUGUACCAGUUAACAUUUUUUUAUUGGAAGGCAAUGGAUAUAAUUGAUAGGGUACAAAGAUUCAUGCCAUGCACCGAUAAUUUUUUUUCUGAUGUAGUAGCAGAUUUUCGUUGUUCAAUGAAUGAAGAAGACCAAAACAACUUUGUUAACAUCAUAGCUAGAAUAUCAGUAAAAGUCAAAGUCAUUUUAGUGGAGUUAAACGGACGUAACCCAAAUGGAAGCGAUUGGAUUAGUAUUGACAUAAACGAAGAGUUUAGUGUGGAUAUGAUAACAACAUUUCUUCAAGAAUUCGGCGAUAACUUUAAUAAGUUAACGACUUUGAACUAUGAGCUUGCAUUAAGUAUUCUGGUCGAAGGAAAUUGAUGUUUUUGGGAUAACGACAAAAUUAUUUAUCUAGCAUUACUAUGCAUCUAUCAUUUAAUUUGUCUUACUUUAUUGUUAUUGUAAUACUUACUAAUGGUACAGUAGGCCAGCAAAACACAAUUUAGUCAUUCAUUUUCAUGAAACCUCUAAAUCUCCUUUACGUCUUUUAUUAUUAUAAUAACUUUCUAUUUUACAAUAUGUCCGUGCAAUUUUAUCUAAAAUAAAAUUGUUAUUAUA